CUUAAAUAUCUGUCUCCGAUGGAAAAGCUGAUGAUUUUGCUGCUUCUCUCAGGACUCGGUCUAUUCAUCCAGAGCAUCUCAUGUCAGUAUAUUCUGAUCAAGGAGAAGAAAACCUGGGAUGAUGCACAAGCUUACUGCAGACACAAUCACAUUGAUCUGGCCACUGUUCAAGGAAAUGAAGACCGGACAGAACUACAAGCUGCCGAGCCUGCAUUGACUUCAGUGGCCUGGAUUGGACUGUACAAUGACAUUAAUGGCUGGCGGUGGUCUUAUCAAGACGAGAAUCCAACAUUUACGGCUUGGAAGACUAGAAAGCCAAACAAUGGCAAUGGAAAACAGGAAUGUGUUGCAUUUGAGUUCAAUGAAUGGGUUGAUGGAGUGUGCAGUGAACCGCUUACAUUCUUGUGCUACGAUGAGAAUCAAAUGAAUGCAAACAAGUUUGUUUUCAUAAACACGUUGAAGAGUUGGCCUGAAGCUCAGAAAUACUGCAGACAGCAUCACACAGAUCUGGCCACUGUUCACAAUCAAGCAGAACAUGACCAGCUGGUACGAAUGAAGAAUCCAUACAAAUACGCAUGGCACGGCCUGUUUAGGCACUCGUGGAAGUGGUCAGAUGGAAAACAAGUCAACACUUCUUUAAUUAACUGGAUGACCGGACAACCUAACGUGAUUGGGCAGAACCGACCUUGUGUAAAUAUAAAUCAUAAUGGUAGAAUAAGUGAUCAGUUCUGCUCAGAUACCUUACCCUUCAUUUGCUUGACCUAUGCAAAGCAACAAAUUGUGAAAAUUGAGAUCAAAUCUGAUCAGAAUCUAAAUGACCCUGCGGUGUUGGAUAUUCUCUUACAGCGGAUAAAGACGAAACUGAAGGAUCAUGGGAUAGAAGACACAAGAUUGACAUGGAGAGUGAAAUUAGAUGGAAAUGUUUUCUCACCAAAACUUUAUUGGAAAGAUAGUGCUAAGAAAAAGUAUGUUAAGUGUAAAUGAUGCAUUUUCAUCACAUAAAGGGGUAGUUCAACAAAAAUGCUGUUAUUUACUGACCCUCAGGCCAUGUGACAUGUUUUCUUUAGUAAAACAAUAAAGCAGAUUUUUUGCAGAAACCCUCUCUGAGUCACAUGUCCACCACUUUGAGAGCUCAAAAGCAGAUAUGAAGAGUUUGGUUCCAAAACGCAAAAAAUCCAUUUUGACAAAUUUCGGUAAAAACGUGUUUUUUAUACCAAGAAAGUGACAAGAUGAAAACCACUAUUUUCUGUUACAAACUUUC